AGGAUAAGGAUGGAGUGUGGGAGAGUGGCGAUGGGAGUGGGCGUGGGAGUGGGAAUGGGAAUGAGCAGGCGCAGCCCGUAUCUUCAUUGCACCAGACUUCAUUCCACCAGACUUCAUUCCACCAAACUUAAUUGCGCACGGGGGCUUUCAGUCAGGUGUGUGGGAUGGGACCCCGAAGGCAUUCUCGGGCCUCCCCGAGGCGGGCACAUUGCCAGAAGAGAGGCGGAGCAGACGGAACGCCUCCUCCGCCAGGACUUAGAGCGAAGGCGAGCUGCUCGACAGGGUCGGGUAGUUCCCGAGACCGUUGCUGGUCUUGUCGAAUUCCUUCUAGACACAGAAGCCCAAGAAAUGGAAUUUGAAAUUGCAAGGUGCAGAUCAAGGUUAAAUCAGGAGUUCUUUGAACACUUGAAAGUUGAAAUGGGCACUCUUAGAUUUGCCCUUCAACGAACAAAGGAAAUGGACGACAGGCUAGCUGAGCUGGAAGCCUUGCACAGAGUCUUAACUGAAGGGUUAGAAGCAUAUGAUAAGAUGACAGAGGACCUUAUAGGAGCAAAGGAUCGCCUUGCUAGAAUCUUAGCAUCAAAGGACAAAAAAGCGGUGUUGUUGGAGAUGGUGGAAAGGAAUGAGCUUGAUAGGUCACUACUUGCACUUCUGGAUGAAAACAUUGUAGCCGCCCAAAAUGCUAACCAGGGUCACACUGAGUUGAAGCUAAUGGAUGGGCAAUGACUUUUGGCUACAGGACCAAGUAGCAUUGUUCAUGGAGAAAGUGCGAGCUGCUGUGCUAAAAUACAUAACCAUAUGAUUAGGAGUCGGGACAUCAUUUAUCAGAUGUCGAUGGAGUAUGUAUUUUACUUUAUAGAAAUGCAUUCUGGUUGUAAAAUCAAAAUGAUGCCCAUAAAUUGGAGUUCAUGAAAUGGAAAGUAAGAAGUAUUUAAUCAAAUCAGUUGUGAUGCAAAUCACGAAGAUCUCUCAAGCUGCAGCUGAAAGGAAGAUAAUGUCAAUACAACAAUACAAUAUUUUGCCCAAGAGGCAUGCUUGAAUUAUUUGGUUUAUUGGAAAGCUCAUUCAACUUUGGAAAUUACCAAGGAAUAAUAAUAAUGAGUAAAUUUUAAAAUCUAUAUAGAUAUAGAUGGAAUUUUUUCUUA